GGGGGCGGAUGCGCCGCCCCCUCCCCGCGCAGCACCGGGAGCACCGGGUGACGCAGCCGCCCGGAGCGCUCAUCAGGCACCGGCACCGGGCACCGGGCUGCAGCUGCCAGCCGACACUGUCCUGGCCCACCAGUAGCAGCAGCUGGUGCCAUGGAUGAGGUGAUGGACCUGGAGAUGGGGGGGAACUCUCUCCUGAAGGCAGUGUGGCUCGGCCGGCUCCGCCUGACCCGACUGCUGCUGGAAGGGGGGGCUUACAUCAACGAGAGCAACGAGAAAGGGGAGACGGCCCUGAUGGUGGCCUGUAUCACCACGCACGUUGACCAGCAGAGCAUUAACAAGACCAAGAUGGUGAAGUACCUGCUGGACAACAGAGCUGACCCCAACAUCCAGGACAAGUCUGGGAAGACAGCUCUCAUGCACGCCUGCAUCCGCGGCGCCGGGAGGGACGUGGUGUCCCUGCUGCUGGAGAAUGGGGCAGACCCCAGCCUGGAGGACCACUCGGGAGCAUCAGCCCUGGUCCACGCCAUCAAUGCUGAUGACAAGGAUGUGCUGCAGCACCUCCUGAAUGCCUGCAAAGCCAAAGGCAAGGAGGUGAUCAUUAUCACCAUGGACAAAUCAGCCUCUGGCACCAAGACCACCAAGCAGUACCUGAACGUUCCGCCCUCACUGGAGUUCAAGGAGAGAGGCCCCCCUGAGGCAUGCUCAGCACCCUCCAGCGCCCACCCAAAACCUCCCGCAUCGGCACCUUCCCCUGCUGAGAAGGAGAGCAGCACCUUCAGCUCGCAUUCAUUGCACCCUGGGGACCUCAAUCCACCCUCUCCGGGCCAGAGAGCGGGCACGGCCAGGAGAGCCCGCCUGCGCCAGCUGAAGCGCCUGCGCUCAGAGCCCUGGGGUCUGGUCGCUCCCUCGGUGCUGGCGGCCUCUGCGCACCGCGAUGACAUGGGCGUCUGCGCGGACGAUGAGGUGAUCAUGGGCAUCUGUGACCUCUCGCUCUCCAAGAAGGCUCCCCUCACCCGGAGCAGCAGCAGCAAGAGCAAGGACCCCUCUCUCUUCCCCCUGGUAGACGAGCAGGCUCUGAGGACACCUACAGCCCCCGGGCCACUGGCAAGGAAAGCAGGCUACGAGAAGAGCCAGGCCACCCACCAGCGCCUGCCGCGGAGGAGCACGGUUCCUGAGGAGCCGGAAAGCAUCAACACCACUGGCUCGGCCACGGCGCUGGAUGCACUGCACUGGCGGAGGCUGGGCAAUGAGCUCUACGACUGUGAACCUCAGCUCUCUGGUGUCCCCAGCCCAGCCGAGGUGGGGAAGGCGCCGUCAGAGAGGAGGAGGCUCAGCGGGUCCCACCUGGCCUUGCUGGAUGGCUCACGGGAGUCCCUGGACAGCCUUGCCAGCUCGUCACCCGGCACCGUCCGGCGCCGACCCCCUGGGCUGCUGGAGAGGCGAGGGUCUGGGACGCUGCUGCUGGACCACAUCUCCCACACGAGGCCGGGAUAUCUGCCCCCCUUGAAUGUGAACCCAAAUCCCCCAAUCCCCGACAUUGGCUCCAGCAGCAAAACCUCCUCCCCACUCACUGCUGGCUUCAAGUCCCUGGUCCCCAUUGCUCCAAGCUCUCCCAGGUGGGGUGACUUGAGAGCCAAAAGGAAGCUUCUCCGGAGACACUCCAUGCAGGCAGAGCAGAUGCGGCAGCUCUCCGAUUUCGAGGAGAUAGCAGCCCAGUAGCCGUGUCCCCGUUUGCUCCCCGGGAGGGUGACAAGAGCCGUGCCCUCCCUGCAGAAAUGUGAAAGUUCCCACGUGGAGCAGUCACUUGUCCCUAGGGAAGCGCUGGUGGCUGUGAGGGUCAGACCUGUGCCCAGGGUGGGAAUCAGGAGGCGGAAUCCGCUCCCACUCAGCAGAGCUGUAAGGAGAGACCACCGGCAUCCAGCCCAAACAGCUCAAGUCUUUCUGGUUCUUCAUUCCCUUUGGACUUUCCCCUAGGAGCAGUCACCUCUGAGGCCAAUCCCAGCCCUUCUGAGAUCAUCAGGCAUCGCACAAAGGCUCUUCCUGCCUGCAAUUAACUUAUUCCUCAGUAUUUCCAGUCCACUUUUCUUCUGUCCUGCUCGUUCCAGCACAGAAACCCUUCCGGAGCCCUACGCCAGCGAGCCGUGGGGCUGUGUUUGUGGGGUGCCUACCAGGACGGCAAGGAGUUCCCAUCCCUCCCCGCUGGUUGCAUCAGUACCCUCGCUGUGCUGGAGAGGGAGACAAUUCUCCACCUCGGAGAUGCCGAGCAUUUUGGAACUCCAGAGGCUGAGCCAACCGGUUCGUGCUGCCAUCCUGUGCCUCCAGUGCCUCUGGGUCGGAACGGAUCUGUCCCUGUCUCUGAGGCGACCAAGGUCCAGGGGCAUUUCCCACCACACCCAGCAACUCCAAGCACUGGAUUCCUGAGCAGGGAGCACUCCCAGUUGCUCUGCCUGGGAAGCUUCUGCAAGGAUGGAGGAGCAAGGACACCAAAUUGGCAAGUGGCACGUGCUGAGCGUCAAGGGCUUGUCCCAGCAGGGAAAGGACCUCUCUCCUGCUGACCCUGCUACAAC